GCUCCUGAUGCCUCUGCAGGGCGUCGCCUGCAGGUAUAAGACCAGAACCUGUCCCUGUCCCAACACUCUGGUCUGAUUUUGCUGCAGACAUGUCCAACUUCCUGUCCAACGCGCUGGGGAACGAUGGGGUCGCUAAAAUGGCCGGGCAGAAAGCAGGUCAAUUUGUGGAGCAAACAGUGAAGAAAGCUACGGGUGGAGGAGCAGGAAAAGGAGGACAGCAGCAGGAGAAUAAGAAAGAAGGUGGAGGAGGCGGCUUUGAUGUGGAAGAUGCCCUCUCAUUGGCUGGUGGCAAAAAGAAGGAAGGAGGAGGAGGAGGAGGAGGAGGAGGAGGAGGAGGGCUGGAUGUGAGCGCCUUCUCUGGAGGAUUGUUCAAGUAGGAAUCUGGAGAAACAAGUCACCUGAGACCUCCUCGUUGCAGAAAUCAGCUCUUAAUAUUGUAUUUUUAUUCAUGUUUAAAAUACAUUUAAAUCAGCUCCAGAGUUCAGAAAUGUUUUUAGCAUCUUAAUGCACUGAAUCACACUGGGAACAUGAACUGGUUCUGUAAAUGGUAUAUUAGGGCAUAAACUGGUUUGUCUUCUUAAACUAAUCAAACUGUCAUAAAUAAACAUGUUACAAUAUGAAAA